AUGGCCAACAAGAUGCCUCCGGGCACUAUCCGAUUGACGGAUCCGGACAACAAGAUUAUCCUGCACCCAAAGCCGACAGAUGACCACGAUGAUCCCCUGAACCAGAACUGGUCGACCCGUCGCAAAACUCUGCACUUUGGAAUCGUCAUCUGGUACACCUCUGCGACAUUUCUUCUCACUGAAGAAGCACACAUCACCUACGCGGGUCUCCGGGCCGAUCUUGGCGUGAGCGGUGACGAAAUCGCCCUCGAGCGAUCUCUCAGCUUCGUCGGCCUCGGCCUGGCUGGCAUCCUACUUAUUCCCCUGGCGUACCGCUACGGCCGACGCCCAAUGUAUCUCACGAGCACCCUGACACAAGCUUUUGCGGCCUUGUGGAUCGCAAGCGUGCGCACCAAGCCCGAAUUCUUCGUAAGCAGCGUCGUCACCGGCGCCGCCGCGUCUGUCAGCCAAACCCUCGUGCCCAUGACCGUCGCCGACUUGUUCUUCGUGCACCAGUUCGCCACCAUGAACGGCCUGUUCCUGUUCGCCCAGGGCUCCGGCACUUUCCUGGGACCCGUCGUGGCGGGCUUCAUCGUCGACGCGCAGGGGUGGCGAUGGGCGUUCCGGUGGACGGCCGCCGUCCUCGCCUUCACCUUUGUCCUGAUGCUCUUCUUUCUGGAGGAGUCGACCUUUGUCCCCUCCCCGCCCGGCAAGGACAUUGAGCUCAGCGACGAAGAGGUCUUCUUCAACAGGCCCGUCUCCUGGGCCUCGGAACACGGGGACCUCGUCGACAUCAACCGGACCAUGACGAUGCCCGCCACGACUGUCGUCGGGCUCCCGGCGCCCCCCAAGACGUGGAAACAGAGGUUCGCUCUCAUCACCAGGACCAAGAGACCCAUCAAGGAGCGCUUCACCUCCCCGUUUGUCAUUCUCGUCAGCUUCCCUGCCGUCGCGUACGCGGCCAUCACCUACGGCUCCGUCAUGGCCUGGCUGCUGGUCCAUCAGCACGUCUCUGCGCUCAAGAUGCCGGACGCGCCGUACAACUUGGACUCGUUCGACAUGGGGCUGCUUGGGCUGGCCCCCUUUGUCGGGCAUACCCUUGGCAGCGUCGUCGUCGCAGCCUUGAGCGAUCGCUGGAUGGUCCACCUGGCGCGUAAGAACGGCGGAAUAUACCAUCCCGAGAUGCGUUUGUGGCUCGCCAUCCCCAGGGCUAUAUUGACAUGUGCCGGGAUUCUGAUCUUUGGCAUUGCCGUUGCCAAGGUAGCUCCUUUGUUUCUUAUUGGAUUUAGUUCCGCUGUAUUCGGACUUGGCUUUAGUAUUUCCCUGGACGUGGCUCUGGCGUACAUUACCGACUGCUACCACAACAUGAUUGGCGAUGCCCUCGUUGGAAUCGUCUUUAUUCGGAACCUGAUUGCCGUCGUGAUUGGCGUUGCAAUGAUCCCGUCGAUCCGCAACAUGGGCGUCCUGAAUGCCUUUAUUAUAGUCACUGCCAUGGCCGCAGUGGUGUUUCUGAUUCCGGUCCCGAUGAUGAUUUGGGGCAAGAAGGCUAGAGCUGCGACGGCUGCCAAGUACGAGCACUACUCGCUGGCUGCGAUCCCGCCGGCCUCGCUGAAGAAGAUAUUGGACGAGCUAUCAUAG